CCAAAUACAGCUUCCGGAGCUGCCGUGAGCGUGGCUGCGGUCCGCAGAGAGCGGGAUUCUGGCCGCUGGGCUCGUGGGUUUCGCUGUCUCGGCUCAGUUGUGGCAAGUCGCGAUGUCUUUCUCCCAGGCCGGGGCUCGGCCGCGGACAUGGGAACCCACCCCUUCAGAACGCAAGAAAUGGGUAGAAGUAUUUAAAGCAUGUGAUGAAGAUAACAAAGGCUAUCUAAGCAGAGAGGACUUUAAAGUUGCUGUUGUGACGCUGUUUGGGUACAAGCCCUCCAAGAUAGAAGCCAAUUCUGUGAUGUCUUCAAUAAAUCCAAACACUUCCGGUAUAUUACUAGGGGAGUUUUUAAAUAUUGUAAGGAAAAAGAAGGAAGCUCAACUAUAUCGGAAUGAAAUAAGACACAUCUUCACAGCUUUUGACAGGCACUAUCGUGGAUAUUUAACUUUGGAAGAUUUCCAAAAAGCAUUUAAGCAAGUGGCUCCCAAGUUACCAGAAAGGAUUAUUCUCGAGGUGUUCAGGUAUUAUCAAUGGAAGAAAAAAGGAAGUGGAUCAAGACUCAGAUGAUCUCGUGAGCUAUAAAGACUUCGAAUAUGCCAUGAACUAUGGACAAAAUGAAGCCUAACUAUUGUGAGCUGCUUUUGGUACCUUCUGCGGGAGACGAAUAGAUUAUUUUGUAUUGAAAUGUCGAACUCCACUCUGCUAAUGAUGUAAUGCUACAUACUUAAUUAAACUCUUCAUCAUGGUUUCCAGCUU